AAAGCAGAUCUGUUCAUUCUCUCUCGCUGCCAUUUCCGAAGCUUCUUUUUCUCCUCCUUCUAUCGACCCACAGAUUUCAAGAGGUUUCGCCUCUAUGGCACUGCCACUGAUCGCAGCUCUCCUCUUUUGCUCCUCCUUCGCCGUCCCUGCGGACGGCGAUGCCCGGAGGGGCCUUCACCAGCCUCUGUAUCCCAUCCAGUGGACCCCGCCCCCGCCGCCAAUCGUUCAAGAUUUUACUGACUCACCGACGGUGGACUCGAUCGGCUUCACAUCUGGGAGUACUCCCUCCCCUCCCGCGGCUGUCGCUCCGGCCCGGUCCCACUCCCAAAGGGUCGUUGCCGCCGCGGUCUGCGCCUCCGUUGCCGCCCUCGCGGUUCUGCUCUUAUCGGGGCUCUUCCUUUACCGGAGGAGGUUGUCUACCUCGCCUGACGCCAGGAGGCUUAUCGGCCGCGACGACAGCGGCAUCCGGCAGGAGGGCGGAAGACCCCGCGCGAUGGCGCCGGACGUCCUCUACCUCGGCACGAUGGAAGCAGGAGCAGGGGGCAGGCGGCGGAGCGACGAGGUGAAUGCUUCCCCUUACCGGAAGCUGGGGAAGGAGCGGCUACUGUUCGAAAUGCAUCACCCGAGCCCCCAGCUCCAGCCGCUACCGCCGCUGAGCGCGACGGCCUCACGGAGGGGAAUGGUUCCUCCGCAAAGGCUGUCCUACGAUGGGGAUACUUAUUAUACUACGCAGCGGUCGGGGGCAACCGCCACCGUCGACAGCUCGAUUAGUUCUGUCACGCGGUGGAGCCUCAGCAGCGGAGGGGUGGAAGUACUGCCCGUGCCGCCAACUGACUCUACUCAAUCCCGGAGAUCUUUCUCCAAAACGAGACCUAGCUCUUAUUCGAAUUCCGAUGUGAAAUCGAUAAUUCAACCUCCGUCAAUGCCCGCUACAAAACCACCACCACCUCCACCACCACCACCACCUCCUCCUCCUCCUCCUCCUCCUCCUCCUCCUCCUCGCAGGAUGUACGAGACCAUUGAAGUUCAAACAACCACUCCUCCGCCGCCACCACCUCCCCCGCCUCCACCACAAUCAGGAGUGUCAAUUAAUCAAGUAAUGGCCAAAACCGAACGCCCAAUUACAGAUAGAAUGACUCCGUCGUCAAGGCGUAGAUUGCUAAAUCCACUUCCCGCAGAAGCUUCAAGGUUCAACCCACUCACUACUGGGAAGCUUGGCAACGGCAGCACUUUGCAAGUCGGCAGCGUGGUGGAAGAUCUGGAGUGCGAUGCCAAACCCAAGUUGAAGCCCCUUCAUUGGGACAAAGUCAGGGCAACUUCCGAUCGAGCAAUGGUUUGGGACCAAUUGGCAUCGAGUUCAUUUGAGUUGAAUGAGGAUGUGAUCGAGAGUCUAUUUGUCAACAAUGCCACAAGUGCUCUUCCCAAAGAUACGGGAAGAAAACAGGGAAUCAUGCCUUCCAAGCAAGAGAACAGAUUGUUGGACCCUAAAAGAUCGCAGAACAUCGCAAUACUUUUGAGGGCUCUGAAUGUGACAAGAGAUGAGAUCUCCAGGGCACUUUUGGAUGGUAACAUUGAUUGUUUAGGAGCUGCGAUUUUAGAAACUUUAGUGAAGAUGGCGCCUACUAAGGAGGAAGAACUAAAACUACAUAAUUAUACGGGUGAUGUAACAGAAUUAGGUUCAGCAGAGAGCUUUCUGAAAACAAUUUUGGACAUACCAUUUGCUUUCAGAAGGAUUGAUGCAAUGCUGUAUAGAGCUAAUUUUGAGUCUGAAGUUAAAUAUCUGAAACAAUGUUAUGGAACAUUAGAGGCAGCUUGUGAAGAUCUAAGAAGCAGUAGGCUAUUCCUUAAGCUCCUGGAAGCCGUUCUGAGGACUGGAAACAGGAUGAAUGUGGGCACCAACCGAGGUCAAGCGAUGGCCUUCAAGCUCGAUACUCUUCUAAAACUUGCUGAUGUAAGAGGGACCGAUGGAAAGACCACACUUCUGCAUUUUGUUGUGCGAGAGAUUGUUCGUUUAGAAGGAUCAAGUAGUGAAUCUACUGCAAAUGAUUCUUCUAAUAUUGCUGAAGGUCAGUUUAAGAAUCAAGACUUGAAAGUGGUGGCUGAGCUGAGUAGUGAGCUUAGCAAUGUCAGGAAGGCAGCUGGAAUGGACUCGGAUGUGCUAAGCAGUUAUGCGUCGAAGCUAGAAAUUGGGCUUGAGAAGGUAAAGUCCGUUCUACACCUUGAGAAGUCAUGCACACAAGGCAUGAAAUUUUUUGAAACGAUGAGGAUAUUUGUUCCACAGUCCGAAAGGGAGAUUGGCUUUGUUAAGGGAGACGAGAAAAAGGCAAUGAACUUAGUUAAGGAAACUACAGAGUACUUCCACGGCGAUGCAACAAAGGAAGAAUCCCACCCACUUAGGAUCUUCAUGGUCGUGAGGGACUUCCUCUCUAUGCUUGACGGUGUAUGCAAGGAGGUGAAUAGAUUACAUGAGAGGACAAUGAUUGGAUCAGCUAGAUCCUUCUCAAUACCUGCAAGUACUUGUCAACCAGUCCUCCAAAGAUAUGAAUGGAGAAGAGGCUCAGAGGAUGAUGAUAGCUCAUCAUCAUAACACCGUUGGAAUACUGCCAAUUCAUAAAUUUAACAAUACCGAAAGAAGAUCAUGCGAAGAAUGUUAUAAUCUUGUCACUUAUAAAGAUGAUCUAGAAACAUGAAAAGAAGAUAAAGGUUCUUAGUUGGCCCACUUAUUCCUGAGGAAAGGAAAUAAUUAAUGCCUUGGAGAAGCCACACAAGAUUGAAGUGGCAUCAGAUCAGAGGUGUGAUCAUAAGAGUAGAGAUCGGCAAAAGGGAUAGUGUGUUUGAGAUGCUCUUGUUGCAAGAAUUUUCUUAAGAGAAGCAUGCUGAUUCUGCUCCAAUACCGAAGAAACUAAUGUUUGGAUUGAAUCGCUUCCAGGUAGAACCAAGACAGCAACAUUUUAACAAGGUUAGACGCUUUUCGAACAGGUUAUUCCUCAUAGAGGAUUUCCUGCUGUUCUUGUUUGGAUGUGUCAUAAUCAAGAAAGAAUGAUAUUUCUUUGCAUCAUUUUAGACAUCGAAUUGUUUUAGAUGUUUUUUCAUCAUUAGAUUCAUUCUUCUCAUACUUGUAAAAUGUGUUUUUUCUUCUCACUCACAAAGGCGAGCUUCACAUGGUG